ACGGCCAAGAAUCCAUCCAACAAGGCGGAGCAAGAAUCUGACCCGGCUUUGCAGUUGAAGGUGUCAGAGAUGAUGUGAGACAAAAGGCCAGACUCUCCACUUACCUACACUUCUGUCGCUGUGUGAAAGCCCAAAACUAAAGAAGAAGAAAAUGCUCACUUUUCAACCAAACCUACCUUACCAACCCUAACCCCUAUAUUCCCUCUUUCUUCAACUCCUUCCUUCUAAAGUAGAUGAUGUUCAAACACGAACUUCUAGGACCCAUUUCAGCUUUCUGUUUUAGGAACAUUCAAUGUACCUCGUCAGAUAUUGUAGAUCUGUACUGCUACUGAUCAUGGAUCACUCCUCUAUCCAAUCUUAAAAUUGAUGGUCUAGAUGUAGAAAUACAACUUGGGUGUGUUCAGUUUCAUCAUUUGGAGGGACAAUAUUUGUCCAUUUUAUCCAACAUUGAAGCUUUUUAUCAAAGAUUGGAUUUUUAUUUAUCAAAAGAUAGGAACUUUAGCUUUACAGAUGGCUGAUUUUCAAUUUUGGUCUAUGUUUAUAGUUUAUUGUACAACACAGAGCUAACUUUAUUUCUGGGGUUUACCAAGAAAGAGGAUCUGGGUGAUUUGGGUCUGUACAAAAUUCCCAUCCAAAUUUGAUUCUUGAACAUAUGUAGCUUGAAUGGGUGUUACUUUUUGGUUUGUAAUAAUAGGAAAGAAUAUUAUUUGAAGUUCACUGUUGAGGAAAAUUUAGCAAACCAGUGUUGUAUAGUUGUUAAAGAUGUCAUUCAAGAGUAUGAUUCAGGAAAUGAGGGGUGAAUUUGGGAGCAUUUCGCGUAAAGGGUUUCGUUCUAGGUCACAUAGGGUUGUUCAAGAUUGUACAGUGACAUUGGAUGCUUUAAGGCAAAGUUGUUGGGCUAAUAUGCCGCCCGAGCUAUUGAGAGAUGUCCUGAUGAGGAUUGAGGCUUCUGACUCUACUUGGCCUCCGAGAAAAAAUGUGGUUUGUUGUGCUGGUGUUUGUAGGAGUUGGAGAGAAAUAAUGAAAGAAAUUGUUAAAACACCUGAAAUUUGUGGCAAAUUGACGUUCCCCAUAUCCUUGAAGCAGCCUGGUCCUAGAGACAAUCUUGUUCAAUGUUUCAUCAAAAGGAACCGGAGCUCUCAGACGUAUCACCUUUAUCUUAAUUUUAAUGAAGCUUCUAACGAUGAUGGUAAGUUCCUUCUUGCUGCUCGGAAGUGUAGAAGGCCAACAUGCACAGAUUACAUCAUUUCUUUAAAUGCUGAUGAUGUUUCCAAGGGUAGCAGCACCUACAUUGGGAAGCUGAGAUCCAACUUCCUGGGAACCAAGUUCACAAUCUAUGAUGCACAACCCUCUAAUGCAGGAGCUAAAGUCAGUAAAUGCCGCUCUACUAGGUUUGUUGGAAUGAAACAAGUCUCUCCAAGAAUACCUGCCAGCAACUUUCCCGUCGCUCACAUCUCAUACGAGUUGAAUGUCCUGGGGUCUAGGGGGCCUAGGAGGAUGCUGUGUGUCAUGGAUGCAAUUCCUGCUUCUUCUGUUGAACCUGGGGGUGUAGCCCCUACGCAGACAGAAUUUGUUCCUGUGAAUAUAGAUUCCUUCCCCUCCCUUCCCUUUUUUAGAUCAAAAUCAACUCGCAUGGAUAAUUUCCCAUCCGGGCCUUUACCCAGUCAAAAAGAUGAAGUUUUAAGUUUGAAGAACAAGGCUCCUAGGUGGCACGAGCAACUCCAGUGCUGGUGUCUUAACUUCAAUGGCAGGGUAACAGUUGCUUCCGUAAAAAACUUUCAGCUAGUUGCUUCUCAAGGUGAUGGAGCUGGACAGGAACAUGAGAAUGUUGUUCUCCAAUUUGGAAAAGUGGGAGAAGAUGUGUUUACCAUGGACUAUCAGUAUCCUAUCUCUGCAUUUCAGGCAUUUGCGAUCUGCCUCAGCAGCUUUGACACCAAAAUUGCCUGUGAAUAAUGAGACAGGUUCUGCAAGACGUAUUUGAGGUGCUCAGGCUGGCGUUUGCAUAACCCUGUGUCUGUUGGCCACUGAACUAACACCCAGUUGAAUCGCAGCAAGUUUGUUCUUUGCUGAAUUAAUCGCCCUGGUUUCCUGUGCUUGGACCUUUCUCUUGUUACUUUUUGUAAAUAGACAGGUAUGCUUCCCAGUUUGGUUCUUCUAACUUACUGCUUUUGUUAGCUCACUACCUGAUUGUACUUGUUGUACCCUUUCUCCUGGACAGGAGUGCUUUCAUUUCUGAUUUUUCGUUCUUCCCCUUACAGUUCAAAACUUUUGUAGUAUGAGCAUUUUGAUGUCUUUAUCAACGGUAGUAUUUCUCUCUUGGAAUAAUGCCGAAAUGUAAUUGUAAUAUGCAAGAGUAGAAAUUUGUGGAGAUAGAACACCAAUGUAAGGCUGGUGACACUUGAACCUGUUUUGCCAAAUACAUUGCGAAAACAAUCAAGUGUGCGCAAGUGAUGAAAUACUAGACUUUUUUUGUUACAACAAUAUCAACAAAUACUAGCAAUUA